AUGGGUGGGGCCCUGGGGCCGGCCCUGCUGCUCACCUCGAUCCUGGGGACCUGGGUGGGGCCGGGCAUGGGGCAGGACCGGCAGGCUGUGACGGUGGCUGUGGUGUUUGGCAGCUCGGGGCUGCCCCAGGCCCAGGCCCGUGCCCGCCUCACCCCCCAGAGCUUCCUGGACCUGCCCCUGGAGAUCCAGCCCCUCACUGUGGGAGUCAACAACACCAACCCCAGCAGCCUCCUCACCCAGAUCUGCGGGCUGCUGGGUGCUGCCCCUGUCCACGGCAUCGUCUUUGAGGACAACGUGGACACCGAGGCCGUGGCCCAGAUCCUCGACUUCAUCUCCUCCCAGACCCACGUGCCCAUCCUCAGCAUCAGUGGGGGCUCUGCUGUGGUCCUCACCCCCAAGGAGCCGGGCUCCGCCUUCCUGCAGCUGGGCGUGUCUCUGGAGCAGCAGCUGCAGGUGCUCUUCAAGGUCCUGGAGGAGUACAACUGGAGCGCGUUCGCUGUCAUCACCAGCCUGCACCCGGGCCACGCGCUCUUCCUCGAGGGCGUGCGCGCCGUCGCCGACGCUGGCCACCUGGGCUGGCGGCUGCUGGACGUGCUGACGCUGGAGCUAGGCCCGGGCGGGACGCGCGCGCGCACCCAGCGCAUGCUGCGUCAGCUCGACGCGCCGGUGCUGGUGGCCUACUGCUCGCGCGACGAGGCCGAGGUGCUGUUCGCCGAGGCGGCGCGCGCUGGCCUGGUAGGGCCCGGGCACGUGUGGCUGGUGCCCAACCUGGCGCUGGGCAGCACCGACGCGCCGCCCGCUGUCUUCCCCGUGGGCCUCAUCAGCGUGGUGACCGAGAGUUGGCGCCUCAGCCUGCGUCAGAAGGUACGCGACGGCGUGGCUGUUCUGGCGCUGGGCGCUCAUAGCUACCGGACCCAGUACGGCGCCCUGCCCGCCGCCGCCGGGGACUGCCGCAGCCACCCCGGGCCUGUCACCCCUGCCCGGGAGGCCUUCUACAGGCACCUGCUGAACGUCACCUGGGAGGGCCGAGACUUCUCCUUCAGCCCUGGUGGGUACCUGGUCCAUCCCACCAUGGUUGUGAUCGCUCUCAACCGGCACCGCCUCUGGGAGAUGGUGGGACGCUGGGAGCAUGGUGUCCUACACAUGAAGUACCCGGUGUGGCCUCGCUACAGUGCCUCUCUGCAGCCUGUGGUGGACAGCCGGCAUCUGACAGUGGCCACGCUGGAAGAACGGCCCUUUGUCAUCGUAGAGAGCCCUAACUCUGGCACGGGCGGCUGUGUGCCCAACACCGUACCCUGCCGCAGACACGGCAAUCACACUUUCAGCGGUGAUGCGGCCCCCUACACCAAGCUCUGCUGUAAGGGCUUCUGCAUCGAUAUCCUCAAGAAGCUGGCCAAGGUGGUCAAGUUCUCCUACGACCUGUACCUGGUGACCAAUGGCAAGCAUGGCAAGAGAGUGCGCGGCGUGUGGAACGGCAUGAUUGGGGAGCCCUACAGCCCCGCGGUGUGGGUGAUGAUGUUCGUCAUGUGCCUCACGGUGGUGGCCAUCACUGUCUUCAUGUUCGAGUACUUCAGUCCCGUCAGCUACAACCAGAACCUCACCAGUGGGAAGAAGUCUGGGGGCCCAUCCUUCACCAUUGGCAAGUCCGUGUGGCUGCUGUGGGCGCUGGUUUUCAACAACUCGGUGCCCAUUGAGAACCCCCGGGGCACCACCAGCAAGAUCAUGGUUCUGGUCUGGGCCUUCUUUGCCGUCAUCUUCCUCGCCAGCUACACUGCCAACCUGGCCGCCUUCAUGAUCCAGGAGCAGUACAUCGACACCGUGUCUGGCCUCAGUGACAAGAAGUUUCAGCGGCCACAGGAUCAGUACCCGCCCUUCCGCUUUGGCACCGUGCCCAAUGGCAGCACAGAGCGUAACAUCCGCAGCAACUACCGGGACAUGCACACCCACAUGGUCAAGUUCAACCAGCGCUCGGUGGAGGAUGCUCUGACCAGCCUCAAGAUGGGGAAGCUGGACGCCUUCAUCUAUGAUGCUGCUGUCCUCAACUAUAUGGCAGGGAAGGAUGAGGGCUGCAAGCUGGUCACCAUCGGGUCCGGCAAGGUCUUUGCCACCACCGGCUACGGCAUUGCCAUGCAGAAGGACUCCCACUGGAAACGGCCCAUAGACCUGGCGCUCCUACAGUUCCUGGGGGAUGGGGAGACCCAGAAACUGGAGACUGUGUGGCUCUCGGGGAUCUGCCAGAAUGAGAAGAACGAGGUGAUGAGCAGCAAGCUAGACAUUGACAACAUGGCGGGUGUCUUCUACAUGCUGCUGGUGGCCAUGGGGCUAGCCCUGCUGGUCUUCGCCUGGGAGCACCUGGUCUACUGGAAGCUGCGCCACUCGGUGCCCCACACGCCCCGGCUGGACUUCCUGCUGGCCUUUAGCAGGGGCAUCUACAGCUGCUUCAGCGGCGUGCAGAGCCUGGCUAGCCCCGCGCGGCCGCCCAGCCCGGACCUCACGGCCGACUCGGCCCAGGCCAGCGUGCUCAAGAUGCUGCAGGCUGCGCGCGACAUGGUGACGACGGCGGGCGUGAGCAGCUCCCUGGAUCGCGCCACGCGCACCAUCGAGAGCUGGGCCGGGCGCCGCGCGCCCCCGACGCCCGCCGCGCGCCCGACCACCCCCGACUCCUCCUUGCCCAGCUCGGUGGCUGCGGCCUUUGCUCGGCCCAGCUCAAUGCCUGCCGCGUGCAUUCCUCCGACCUGCUGCUGCCGCGACGCCCGCCCGGUCUGGGGGCGACCAGCGCCGUCGCUGCGGCUGCCAUCCUACCACGAGGCCUGCCAAGGGGAUGUCUUUGCAGGGACCCCUACCUGGCCGCACAGCCAGCACGCCUGCCUCCACGCCCGUGCUCACUUGCCGCUUUGCUGGGGUGCUGUCUGCCCUCACCUCUCACCCUGUCCCCACCUCGGCCCCUGGCUCCCUGGCGCCUGGGGGCCUCAGGGGCACACAGAUAGGACCCUGGGGCUGAGCACAAGCUACAGGGACAGUGGGGGGCUGGGCGAGGGCAGCAGGGUGGCCUGUGGAACGCACGGCUUCCCGCGCCCUUGCAGCUGGAGGCGGUUCUCUAGUUUGGAGUCGGAAGUGUGA